GCUUUGCAAUUUUUAUCAUGGCGAUUUCUUUUUGACAUUUGACUACAACUGGGCGCACGUGUUUUCGGGCUAAGCUCUGUGCUAAAUUAUAGUAAAAUCAAAAUGAAUCCAGAGAAGCUUAAGAAGUUGCAGGCGCAGGUGCGCAUUGGCGGCAAGGGUACUCCACGCCGCAAGAAGAAGAUUGUGCAUUCAACCCCCGCAACCGAUGACAAGAAGUUGCAGUCAUCGCUGAAAAAGCUGUCUGUCAAUACCAUUCCCGGUAUUGAGGAAGUGAACAUCAUUAAGAAUGACGGUCACGUUAUUCAUUUCAACAACCCUAAGGCACAGGCUUCGUUGCCUACCAACACUUUUGCCAUAACUGGUCAUGGUGAAAACAGGACGAUCUCCGAAAUGCUGCCCGGCAUUCUGACGCAAUUGGGUCCCCAAGACAUCAAUCAGCUGAAGAAGAUCGCUUCUGAAAUUGCCAACAAGAGCAGUGCUGCUGGUGGUGCUGCUGCCGGCGCCGCUGCCGAUGCUGGGGAUGAUGAUGUGCCCGAUCUGGUUGAGAACUUCGAGGAAGUGGCCAUUGCUGGUGCCAAUGCCGAGCAGGCCAAGAAAUCUGGUGAAGUUGCUGCAUCAGCCUAAACAAAAACAUUAUACACACAUAAACACACACACACACACAAACAAUUAUACACACAUACGAACAGAUAUAGAAGCAAAAGUGUGGACAAAAGAACAUUGAGGAGGAAGCUUCGACUAUCUGAUGGGGGUCAUGAUACACACUAAUAAUAAUAAUAAUAAACAAAAUAAACGCAUCCAAGUGAUCGCUAAAAACAGAACAGAACACACGUAAAAUAUAAUAAUUAUAUUAUUAAUACAUUAAGGGUAUUUUCAACUUUAAACAAAAUUCUAGUUAUAUUGCUGGAAGCUAACGCAAAACAAAACGAAACAUGUACAAGAACAAAAAUAUGUAUUCCCAUGCGAUUUAAGCAAGCACGUUUCCAAAACACGUAACGUAACGUUUCCACGGACGGAAAAUGCUGCAUUCUCUUAUUUUGCCUCCUAUAAUUCAACAAAAAAAAAA